AUGGAAAAGAAUAUUGGGGAGUAUUGGUUAGCUCAGUGGCCUGGUGAACCGGAUGAAGAGGCUGUGGUUGUCGAGGAAGGAAACGUUCUUUCGUCUUCUGAUCACUUUCUUUCUUUCUUUCUUUCUUUCUUUCUUUCUUUCUUUCUUUCUUAUCUAAUUUGCAACCUUAUCUUCUUUGCUUUCUUCUUUUCUUUUUCUUGUUUCUAUCUUCCUUCUAUCGUUCUUCUUCAUCUUCAUCUUCUUUUUCAUCUCUAUCUUCUUCUUCUCCUUCGUUCACAUCUUCUUUUUCGUCAUUUUCUUCUUCUUUUUCUUCUUCUUUUUUCGUCAUUUUCUUCUUCUUCUUCUUUUUCGUCAUUUUCUUCUUCUUCUUUUUCUUCUUCUUUUUUUUCGUCAUUUUCUUCUUCUUCUUCUUCUUUUACGUCAUUUUAUUCUUCUUCUUUUUCUUCUUCUUUUUUUCGUCAUUUUCUUCUUCUUCUUUUUCUUCUUCUUUUUUCGUCAUUUUCUUCUUCUUCUUUUUCGUCAUUUUCUUCUUCUUCUUUUUCUUCUUCUUUUUUUCGUCAUUUUCUUCUUCUUCUUCUUUUACGUCAUUUUAUUCUUCUUUUUCUUCUUUUUUUCGUCAUUUUCUUCUUCUUCUUCUUUUUCGUCAUUUUCUUCUUCUUCUUUUUCUUCUUCUUUUUUCGUCAUUUUCUUCUUCUUUUUCGUCAUUUUCUUCUUCUUCUUUUUCUUCUUCUUUUUUUCGUCAUUUUCUUCUUCUUCUUUUACGUCAUUUUAUUCUUCUUCUUUUUCUUCUUCUUUUUUUCGUCAUUUUCUUCUUCUUCUUCUUCUUUUACGUCAUUUUAUUCUUCUUCUUUUUCUUCUUCUUUUUUCAUCAUUUUCUUCUUCUUUUUCUUCUUUUUUCUUCAUUUUCUUCUUCUUCUUCUUCUUUUUCGUCAUUUUCUUCUUCUUUUUCUUCUUCUUUUUUUGUCAUUUUCUUCUUCUUCUUCUUCUUCUUCUUCUUCUGCUUUUUCUUCUUCUUCAUCCUUAUAUAAUUUUUUCUUCUUCAUUUUCUUCUUCUUCAUCUUUUCUUCUUCGUCAUUUUCUUCUUUGUCAUUUUAUUCUUCUUUUCUUUGUCCUCUUCUUAUCCUUAUUCCUUAUCUUCUUCUUCAUCUUCUUUUUCUUCUUCGACAUUUCCUUCGUUUUCUUAUUCAUCAUUUUCUUCUUUUCCUCUUCUUCUUCUUCUUCUUCUUUGUCGUCAUUUUCUUCUUCUUCUUCUUUUUCUUCCUUAUAUUAUUUUUUCUUCUUCCGUUACUUCUUCUUCAUCAUCAUUUCUUUUUCUUCUUCAUCAUUUUCUUCCAGUUAUUCUUUUUCUCUUCUUUCUGUCCUGUCCUCAUUUUAUUAUUCUUUUUGAUUUUCUUUCCUUUUAACGUUUCAUCGUUUACACCCCCCCACAUCUUUCUCUCACAUCUCUCUCUCUCUCUCUCUCUCUCUCUCUCUCUCUCUCUCUUACAUACAGACCACCCUCUUCUAUUCCUGCUUGUUCUUUUUUUUUCCGUUUUCCAUCUUCUCCGGCAUCUUUUCUCCUUCUAA